AUGGAUUACAGUGGAAAGAGAAAGGUCAUCCGGAUUUUCCACUGUUCUGCUGUACUGAAGGAGAUGCUGUUGGCAAGUCGACCGGAUGGAAGUCGCUGCUUGGUCCCACGAUCGCUCGCCUUGGAGGUCCUGGACAUACUGUACAACAUCCUUUUCCCUGACGACCGGUCUGGUGCAUACAUCACAAAAUGCGGCUUUGAUCCAGAUCUGUUACGAUACGACGUGUCCCGAUACCGGCGGAAAGACGACCCCGAGGUGGACCACACCUACUUCGGUACUCGCCUCAAGGAGAUCUACGACGAGAUGCAGAACCCAACUCCUCGCCAUGACUGGGCAAACUGGUUCCAUCGACACAGUGCGCAGCGGUACAUGAUGAUGGCAACAAUGAUCGGAGUCUUCAUCGCGGUAAUCAUCGGACUCCUUGGCCUCGGAAUCUCGGGUUUCCAGGCUUACGUGUCGUACCAGCAGUGGAAGCAUCCUGUAAAGGAUGCAUGA